GCCUAAGCAGGAAAGGAGCCCCCCAUUGCCGUCUUGCCCUAACGUUUUGAGCGGCCGCUCCAUCACGUUUUGCCGAACCGGCUAAAUCUCCAGAUUUCGGUCUUUUGAGGAGAGUUGGAAUGGGUAAAAACAAGAGCUCUUGGUUCGCACCCGCCGUGGCAUCCCCUCCGCCAAACUCUUCCGCCCUCCCUUCCUCCGCAUAGAAGCUCAGAAUUAAGAAGACGGGGAAAAAAAAAAAAUUCAAGAACAUAACUCUUUUACGCAUCCUUGAAGUGGAAGAAGAAAGAAACAAACAAACAAAGAAGGAAAGGCGUGCCAUGGCCUCCAACCCGCCAGGCCAGUGCUGCACCCAGGGUGUCAAGCACGAAGGACAAGCGACGGGCGAGAUGAAGACGAUCGGAGGAUGUAAGCAUUGAAGUGAUAGUAGUAGUAGUAGUAGUAGAAGAAGAAGAAAAAGAAGAAGCCUUGUGAGGGCUUGCGUCCGGAUAGGGGGCCUAGACGAGGAGGUGCUGACCACGCCGAUUCCCCACAGACGAGACGUACGUCGCGUAUCCGAAGAGCAAGUCGACCGACAAGGCCGUCCUGAUCCUGACGGACGUGAUCGGGCACAGGUUCGUCAACGCGCAGCUCAUCGCCGACCAGUUCGCCGCCAACGGCUACUUCGUCGCCAUGCCGGACCUGUUCGCCGGCGACCCGAUGCCGCUCAACCCGCCCGCGGGCUUCGACUUCGCCAAGUGGAUGGCGGCCGGUCACACGGUCGAGCACGUCGACCCCGUCGUCGACGCCGUGGUCAAGGACCUGCGCGGCGGCCACGGCGUCAAGAAGCUCGGCGCGGUCGGCUACUGCUUCGGCGCAAAGUACGUCGCGCGCUUCCUGAAGAGAGGCCUGCUCGACGCCGGCUACAUGGCGCACCCGAGCUUCGUCGACGAGGCCGAGCUCGAGGCCAUCGAGGGCCCGCUGAGCAUCGCCGCCGCAGAGACGGACCAGAUCUUUCCCACCCCGAAGCGAAGGCUGUCGGAGGACAUUCUGUUCAAGAAGGCCGUCCCCUGGCAGAUCAACCUGUACAGCGACACGGUGCACGGCUUUGCCGUCCGGGCCGACCUGACGCAGCCGAGGGCCAAGUGGGCAAAGGAGCAGGCCUUCUUGCAGGCGGUCCACUGGUUCGACGAGCACCUAAAGGAUACCGCAAAGUUGUGAGCAUCUUGAGAAGAGGAGGCGGCCGGGGACAAAAGAAUGAGAGACCCCAAGGUGGUAAAGCGGAUAAAACAAAGGAAAGGAACAAAAACAAGGACGGCGAGGGAGAUGCGAGCUGGAGGUAAAGCUUCAGCACAUGUGGGAGACGAGAGUGGGACUAGCUUGAUUGCAGUGCUAUCGCAUGUAGCGACCGGAUAUCUCAACAUCAACGAAGCCGCCUCAAUACAGCCCAAAUAGGAAUAGAGAAACCAUGAUCAACCUGCUCAAAACAUCCUCCUUUCUUCCGCCAGUGAUGG